CGCUGCCUUAGACCAAGAUCUGAGGAAGGAACUGGCAGGGUCAUCUUGCAUCACAGUCAAGAUGCAUGAUGCUAUGGAUGGUGGCGCCAAAAGACAGAAGGAAUCUGGAUCGUUGAUGACUGUGGAGCUGACACACCAGUUCGAGGAUACUUUCCCCCCACUUUUUUUUUUCCCCAACAGGGAGAAUUAACCCUUUUUCUUAGUUUAAAUUUGUAAAUGCCCUUACAGAGGCUGUCAACUCUACGAAGACAAGGUCCUUGUCCUUAAGCUCACAAACUGGAGGGCUUUUUGGAAUUAUCUGGGGUGCUUUUUAGAAUAUUAGGGCGUGGACCCCACUUCCAGGGUGCCUGAUUUCAAUGACUUGGUGUCCAGCGUAGGCACUGGAAUUUGUAAAAGCUCUCCCUGGUGGUUCUAACGUGCCACCAACCCGGAGACCUACUGUUAGAGCUCGCCGUGUGAUUCCCGGAGCGCGCAGUCCCUGGCCGGGCAGCAGUCGACACAAGAUGACUGGGAUCACCCAAGACUGCCUGGACCAGGGUGGGCACUGGCCCCGGCUGCCUUGCGCGUCAAUCCACCCAGCCGCGCCUUUUUCCCCGCCCCGCUGUGGCUCCGCCCCGCUAUGGCCCUCGAGGGCGCCGGAACUCGAGCUGCCCGCCUUCCGGGAGCGCCGAGGUGCGCCUGCGCGGCGCCGGGUCCCGGCGGGCGCUUUGAAUUUCGCUCCCGGAGUCGCCUCUCGCGAUCCUGGGCGUCUCGACGGCUCGCGAUACUGCAGCGCGUGGCGCUUUGCUCCCGGAUCCGCGCCAGAGGCUUAAAGGAUGGCCUCCUCAGAUCUGGAACAAUUAUGCUCUCAUAUUAAUGAAAAGAUUGCCAACAUUAAAAGAACUCUGUCACUAAGAAAUUGUGGUCAGGAACCUACCUUGAAGACUACAUUAGAUAAAAUAGGAGAUGAAAUCAUUGUAGUAAAUGAACUUCUAAAUAAAUUGGAAUUGGAGAUUCAAUAUCAAGAACAGACCAACCAUUCACUCAAGGAACUCUGUGAAUCUCUUGAAGAGGAUUAUAAAGAUGUGGAGCAUCUCAAAGAGAACAUUCCUCCCCAUUUGCCUCAAGUAACAGUAAGCCAGAACUUUGCUAAUGUGUCAGAUCUUGACCCUGAAGAACCAAUCAAAGUUGAGGAAACUGUACCCACAAAGAAGCCCCCAAAAGAACAAAGAAGUAUUAAAGAAAUGCUGUUUAUAACUUCUGAUGAAUUUAAUGGCAUUCCAGCGUACAUGAAAUCUCGCUUAACCUAUUGUCAAAUUAAUGAUGUUAUUAAAGAAAUCAACAAGGCGGUGGUCAGUAAAUAUAAGAUCCUACAUCAACCAAAAAAGUCAAUGAGUUCCGUGGCCAGAAAUCUCUAUCACAGAUUUAUUGAUGAAGAAACAAAGGAUACCAAAGGUCAUUAUUUCAUAGUGGAAGCUGACAUAAAGGAGUUCACAGCUUUGAAAGCUGACAAGCGGUUUCACGUGAUCCUGAAUAUCUUACGACACUGCCGGAGGCUCUCAGAGGUCCGAGGGGGGGGCCUUACCCGAUACGUUAUAACCUGAAGCACGUGGGUUUUUUUGAACUGGCUAACAAUAGGGUGUAGAGGCCACUCACAUAGUUUCCUUAUAUGUAAUUUCUUUAUAUAUAAGAUUUCUUUGGCUUUUUCAUUUUCUUUUCUAGCUUCCUAUAAAAACGAAACAUUUUAGUAAGUAAAGCAUAUAUAUUUUAAAAUUCACUUUCUUUCAGCACAUAUUUAACCCCCUACCACACGAGCCUCUGGGCUAGGCAUAUAAUGGAACUAAAAAAUAUUCAUGGUUAGUUUUUGUGUUUAGUGACAGUGCUGUAGACCUCAGUAAGACAGAUACACAUGUGAUAAUGGAAGGAAAAGUUCAAGAAGAUAAGGUCAAGGGUGCCCAGGCUUUUUUUUUUUUAAGUAGGCUCCACACCCAGCAUGGAGCUCAGCACGAGGCUUGAACUCACGACCCUGAGAGCAAGACCUGAGCUGAGAUGAAGAGUCAGACACUUACCCGAAUAAGCCACCCAGGUGCCCCAAUGAGACUCAGGCUCUGUAGAAUUAAAGGUCGUUAAUGUCAAAAUUCUAUCAAUGGCAUUUCAGUCUGCAGGCAAAAGUUGGAUUUGUAGGCAACCCUUCCAUGUAAUGAUUCUGCUUUCCCAUAUGUUGUUAGGGAACAGCUUACCUGAAAUGCAUUUGGUAUAAACCAAUCUAUAAACAUCAACCUGUAAUGAAAUUGUAAUAAAAAUAUACUGAGAUGAAAAAGAUAAUAACAUGUAAGCAGUUUGAUAGUUGUCAUGGAAAAUGGGUGGUUGGAUUGCAAGAAUUUAGGAUGUUUCUCUUGUGUGCUUAAGGAGACUGUCUGGCUAUGUGUGUUUUAGUCAGUGUUCUCCAGAGAUAUAGAACCAAGAGGAGAUAGAGAGAGAGAGAGAUUAUGACAAAUUGGUUAAGAAGUCCCCCGAUCUGCCGUCUGCAAGCUGGAGACCCAGGAAAGCCGUGUGUAAUUCAGUCCUGAGUCUGAAGGCCUGUGAAGCAGAGAAGAUGCGAUGUUGUUACUCAAGCAGUGAGGCAGGAAAAAAAGAAGUGAAUUCCUCCUUCCUUCACCUUUUGUUGUAUUCAGGUCGUCCAUGGAUUGGAUGAUGCCCACACACACUGGGGAGGGCAGUCUGCUGAGUCCACUGAUUGAAAUGCUAAUCCCUUCACCCUCACAGACACAUCCAGAAAUAAGGUUUUAAUGUGGGCACCCUGUGGCCAGUCCAGGUGACACAUAAAGUCACCUAUCACAGUCUCUCUGCCAUUUGCUGGGCAGGUUGAUCCUUGGAGCCGAGGGAAAAAUCAUCUCCUAGGCCUGGUGGCCUGGUUAAUACUGUCACCAUGAGGACCACAGAACAUAUUUUGGGCACUACGUAUUAUCCCUUCUUCCUCCCUAAUUUAAAUUGAGAUGUGUUUAAUUUUUCAUGUCUUGCUUUAAAUAAAAAUAAUGGCAUUGUCCUUUACUUCGUUUUAAGUCUUGCUUGAUUUUUCUCUAUAAAUUGUUUUUUUUCUAUAAAAGAUCAUUUUAUCUGCUUGAAAUAUUUCUUGACGCUCAUAGUGAACAACUAUGUUGACAAAUGUGUCUAACUCUUGUAGAGUGGAUACUAAGGUGAGCAAUUAGUCUCUAUUUUAAUCAUUAGCACAUAAUCAGUUUGUUACAUUAAUUUGGGCAUACACUGGUAGACUUGUAUUCAUCAAAGAAUA